ACUGUGGUGAGCUACCAGUCGAAACAGAAAUAUCACAUUGUAACACAGUUGACGAAGAUUUUGUCGCCAUGAAGAGUUACGCGUUGCUAACUUUCUUAUUUAUGAAAGUCGUUCUUUCUCAGGCUCAUAUGUACGGCUACGGGUACGCAGGUGGCUACGCAGGCGGGUAUCCAGACUUUUAUCCAGGCUAUUUUGGCGCCGGGCCGUUCUUGGGUCCCAGCGCGCACUACAGUCCACACUUAACAGUGGGCGGAGGAGUGUUGCCAUAUGGAUACCCACCCUUCGCAGGCGGCCUGCCGAUCCAAGGCCCUCCGCACCCUUAUGGGCUCAUGCCCAUUGGCGCCGUAGCCAUGAUGGGCUUCUCUGCACCCCCCUAUCCCUACGGCUUCACUCCGGACUUCUUUUGAAUUUUAUUCAAAACUGAUAUUUUGGGUAUGUUUUAUUACUCACAGCAGUUUUCCUCACUGAACGAAAUUGGAUGUAAAGAAAGUUAUUAUAAAUCGAAAUUUCGAUAAGUGACAAUUUUAUAUGUUAAAUUUCGUAUUUCACAUAUUACUUUAAAAAAUAUGUGUGUUGUAUUAUGUUUAUCCUGACCCUUUUUUGGAUUGUGUUCAAUUGAGGAUGUUGAUAAAUGAUGAUAAGUAUUAAUACUUGUGUAUGUUACUUGCAAAUUCAUUAUGUUUAAACCAUAUUGUGGUGGUAUUUUGAUUUAAAUUCACAAAUUAGUUUUUAAAUAAAUUUACUUCCUCCUACAGUAUAAACGAAUAUAUAACAUGCUUUCCGAAAAUUUUUAUUGUUUCGAAAGUUGUCACAUUAUUUGAUAAAUUUCGAAAUUUACAAAUAACUUUUAAAUAAACGCAAGACUUAGAAAAG